UACUAUCGAUUGAAAUGUGUUAUUUAUAAAUCAUACGAUGUUAUUGAACGCAAUUGGAUUGAUUUAGUAUGGAUGAAAAUAGUGAGUCAAAUCCUAUCGACAUGGAUUUUUCAUAUGGAGCGGCUUUUGAUUCCUUAGAUAUUUUCAAGGAAGAAGAUGCUUUGAAUAUUAUAAAAGAUAUGGUGCCUUUAGAAAUGCAGAAUUUCUUCGAGGAUAUUGAUCAAAUGGAAUUCUCUAAUGACACUAUUUCGAAUCAAUUGGGAAGCGAUUGUAGCGGAGAGACAAUAAAUUUUAGCGAUCCUGAUUUAUUCAUGCAAUCGAAAGUUUCCAGUCCUGAUAUAAUUCAUAAUGGUGGAUUAAAAUGUGCCAACAAUUACAGUUCUUCAGACCCUUUAAUGGCUGGUCAUAUAAAUCCUGUUGUCUCUAUACCAUCUUCAUUUCACAAUUGCUUACCUGAAUUCAAUUCGUCGUCCAGUAAUUUGGUUGUGGAUCAAAAAUGGACAGUAAGAAAUGAUCAAAACACAGUGGGAACUAAUCAAAUUGUCGAUAAAUCCAAUGGUUUUGGUGAUGCUAAUCCUGUAAAAAAGGAUAAGCCCGAUUUUCCUAAUAUAGACUGUUACCAAAUCAAUACUUUGGGAAAUGUUCCGAAUCAAAUUCAAUCUGUUGACUUCGGAAACGAAGUGUUAAAAAAAGACAUUUAUGGCAAUGGCAAGCUACCGCGGGAGAGUCAAGAAGAACGUGUUGAGAUGAUUCCACCUCAGCAUCUUCCAAAAAUUCAGAAUCAGAUAAGCCAAGCGAAUAUAACUAUCCAAGAUUUGAAAGAAAUACAAUCAACUCACCAUGUUUUGAUACAAAGAAAUCCAACAAUUAUGUAUUCUUCUGUGCCUACGACUUCCGCAUCAUUUGUUGCUAGUACUCCAAUAAUAUCACAAAUACCUGUCAUAUUUGAACCGACUCUAAAUGCUUCGAACAAUCUAUCAAAAGUUGGAAACAUUUCAUCCGUAGAGAAUAAAGUCCCAAUUAAUCGAAUCCAACCAAAGAAAAAAGAAGUGAAAAGGUCUGCUCAUAAUGCAAUAGAGCGUCGUUACCGUACUUCAAUAAAUGAUAAAAUUUCGGAGUUAAAAAACCUUAUAAUAGGAGAGUCUGCAAAACUCAACAAAUCUGCAGUUUUACGCAAGUCAAUUGACAAAAUCCGUGAUCUGCAAAGGCAAAACUCUGAGAUGCGCGAUGAAAUACAGAGACUUCAAAAUGAACUUGUAAAUCGGAGCAGCUGCAAUGUCAAAAAUCUACUGAACUCAACUAAGAUAAAUAAAGUUGAUAACAGAAAUAAGACAUUAAUAACGAAUGAGUUCUCACAAAAGCAAAGAAUUAUUACACCACCAUGUAGUGAUGAAUCGAAUGCUUCGCAAUCUCCAACACACUCGGAUAUAUCUUUACCGUGUUCCCCACUUAACGAUUCUGUUAAAAGCUUCAAUUCAUAUAAAAUGAAAAAUGUGUCAACUGCUAUUCGGGAUAUGUCUCAUUCACGAUUAACAUUAUGCAUAUUUAUGCUUGCUUUUAUCACAAUAAAUCCAUUUCAAAUAUUUUUAUUCAGAGGUACUGAAACACGCGGAAAUUAUGGAACUAUUGAUGAUACUCAUCAGCGUCGUAUUCUAAAUUUCGACGAAGACAAUACAAACAAUUAUUAUAUUUGGAAUAACUUUUGGGGUCCUAUAUUGUUAUGGAUUAUAAACUUGAUCGUCGUUUUGGUCUGUUUCAUCAAAUUGAUUAAUUAUGUGGAUCCAUUAGGAAAUACCACUACUGAUGAAUUUAUAUCGCGAAAGAAACAUGGAGAUAAACUUUUUGAAAAGGGCUAUAUGGAAGACGCUUACUUGGAAUACAUUUCUUGCUUGAAAAGCCUUGGAGUAAUGUUACCAGCAUCCAUUUUUGACUUUAUUAUUUUGACAACUUGGCAAUUCAUCCGUAUUUUUACUUACCAUUUAAAGAUUAACUGGAAAUUUAGGAAAUUCGUUCCAAUACUGUACAAGAAAGAUCAAAGUAAUUCACAUAUUGCAACGGCAAAAAGUUUGGCAAUUUUUUUCAACAGGCUGAAUCAGUUGCAUUUAACAACUGAAAACAACCCUCAACAUGGUCUAACACUAUCAUUAUAUGCACUAGAUAUGGCCCAGUCUUGUCAUAACGCUCUUACAAAUGAAGAGUUGAUUGAUAUAUACUUAACUACAGCAUUACUGGUAAAACAAAACUAUCCGAGAUCAUUGAAGUUAUUUGUACGAUAUUGUAUUAAAAGAGGGAAAAAAGAAUGGUUUAAAUCUGCAGGAAAUUCCAGUCAAUAUAAAUGGAUAUUUACUCCUUUCGGGACCCAAUAUGUAAUUGAUCAUGAUUUUGAUCUAAACAACAACUUGCAAUCAAAUAAUAUGUUUAUACAGUUGUCGAACAUUGCGAAUCCUCUAACAUAUUUAUUAAAGAAUUACCAAGAAUAUUUGCUUCAUCAAGCUAUUCAAUGUCUGGUUGGAUCUAGCCAAAUUUGUGAUAAAAAAAGAACGAAUCUAAAGACACAAGAUAUAGCGAGCAGUCGAUAUGGAGAUAACACUAUGGCUAGUAAUGCACUGAUAUUUGUCUCUAUGCUUCGCGAUUCAUUUUGUGCAGACUACAGCAAUGAAAAGAUUGAGUGGUGGGUUAACAUCCUUGAAGUUUCUGUUUACUGGUUAUUGGGUGAAGAUUCAAAAGCCAAAGAAUCAUAUCAACGUGCAAGAGUUUUACCGAAGGAACUAGAGACAAGCAAUGAUAGAUUACCACAGGCACUACACUUGGCAUUGGAAGCAAAAUUUUUGUCACUGCAAUUCAUCGGAGGUUUCUACAAACUUGAUUCACAAAGCAUCAUAGAUAUCUGCAAUAGAUCAAGUAACUGUCUUCAAGAAUCUUUAACAUUUAAUAAAAUUACAAGUGUGAAAAAAAUUAAAUUGUUGUUUCAAUUGCUAACUUGUGAUUGGAUCCUUGAAACAAGAACGCAGCUGUGGGAAACGGAAUACAUGAACGCUGAUCAAAUUAUGUGCAAACAAGUCCCCAGCGAUUAUUUGGAAAAAUUUCAAAAGGACCUUAACUCCAUGCGUUAUGUUAUAGAAGAUUUGCAUAUUGGUCAUCAACGGAUUUACCUGUACGAAGCUGUAUGUCGCCUUAUGGCCGGAGUGGCACCUGGACCCACACAACAACUUUUGGAUCGAAGUUUGCGGCAUAGAACGCUUAGAUCAUCUGUUAUAUGUGGUGGAAAAGAUAAAGGCAAUAACUAUGAAGGAUUUCAACGUGAAAGAGCGACAGCAAUUUAUAUUGCAUGUAAGUAUUUACCUAAUGCGUUGAUUUGUUCGCCGGGAGAACGAGUUGGAAUGUUAGCCGAAGCUGCCAAGACUUUAGAAAAACUUGGCGACCGGAGGAAACUGAAUGAUUGUUAUAAGUUGAUCAAAUUUUUUGAUAAUAGCAUUGAUGUAAUUGAUUAAAUUUAAGUUAAAAAUAAUUAGUUUUUAAAAUAAAUUUAAAUAAAUAAAUAUAUAUAUAUAUAUAUAUAUAUACAUGUA